AUGUCACAGAACGGCGAAGGCUUCCUUCUCGAUCCCCAAACAGCCCCGGGCCUCACUCGCUAUGCACACGCCCGCGUGGUCCAGCCCUCAACCUACCAUACCAUCUACGUCUCCGGAAUCGCUGCCGUCAGCCCGGACGGGACCUACGAAGGAGUCACCGACAACGCAGACGGCACAUAUACGCUCGACGUGCGAGCGCAAACCGCCGCCGUUCUCCGCCGGAUUGACAGUAUCAUCUCCGGCGCGUCGCAGGGAAAGGCGACCAUCCACAAUGUCGUCGAGGCUACGGUAUAUAUCGUGGAUAUGAAGACGCAAUAUGCCGGUAUGAACGAGGAGUGGAAUAAGAUCUGGCCGGACCGAGCGAGUGCGCCUGCGCGGGCGACGAUAGGAGUGAAGGAGUUGCCGGAUCCGCGGUUUUUGGUGGAGGUCAAGGCGACGGCCGUUUUUGAAUAG